AUGGCCCGGGUGGGUGAUGCGCCUUUCCCUGCGCUAUCUUCGCCCCCAAGUACAAGCCAAACUAAGGUCAAAUAUUUUGACUGUACUAUCCCUCAAGACUCUACUACCUGGAUACAGUCAACUCCCGAAACGAUUGAUCAGCUAUCAGAUGAGAUGGUGUGGAAGAUUUUCAAUCAAAUUAUCACGUUCUCCACACGGUUAACACACAAUAGCCUCUGUCAUAUCAGGAAGAUUGGACUGACUAGCAUGAAAGCAGCCCAACUUGUGCUAACUUAUCAAGCCAGUAGCCGACUGUUCAAUUCCGAAAUGAGUAAGAUCCCCUGGUUGGAUUACCGUACCCUUCAAUCUUUCAACCGGCUACCUAGUGAAAUUGUCCCUCUUCAUGUCCAGCCCAACUUAGAUCAUGCAAAUGAUGCCCUUACAGAGGCAGUUCUCAACGACUGCCUUGAAUGCUUUGACCUGAUUUGCAGUCAACACCCGACAAUGAGAAAAAGUGCAACCAAUCAAUUCGGAUGGAGCCUUGUCGCACUUGCAGCAUUCUCUGGAUCAUCUCGCAUUCUUGAGCGAUUGCUGAGCACUUCUCACUUGGAAGACAGUACUGUUCAUUUGCUUAUUUCUCCAGGGAAUGCCCAAUUUAUUACGCCAAGCCCUUUAGAAAUCCUUGUGAGAAACAAGGAUCUCCACAACCUAAAAAUUAUAUUUAGAUUGUCCGGAUCAAGACUCCACGAGUUUGGAAACCCACGCGACAAUCACAACAUCCUUUCCGGUUUGGAGCUGGAGCUCUGUACUUUUGUGACCCCUUUUGUUGCCGAACAGCUAUGCAAGAUUGGUCUACCCAUCUAUGACUUCCAAAAUAAAUACGGCGAUACUUCAUACCACGCUGGAGUCCACAAUGAGCCUGCGUUCCUCAGUUGGCUGCGCCAGCGCUCUUCUCUUUCCAUGAGUGCCAGUAAUGUAGAGAAUAGAACUCCCUGGGAUUGUGCUCUCAAGGCGAAGUGUAUCGACUCGGCCAGAUGGCUCGCAAUGAAUGGGGCAGUUCAGGAUGGGAUGGCAGGCUAUCUCAUUGCAGAGCAUACCGCAAUUUAUAACGACAACACUCUGCAUGCCUUUAUUCCCUCUCACGGAAGCCCCCAUCUCGCUUUUAUCGACUGUGUGAUGAUGACCCGUGGCUUGUUAGAGGGUCUGAAAACAGUGGUUCGGAUCACAGCCCCUCAAGAAAACACUAACCACGUUCGAGAAAUGCAUGAGACGAUGGCAAUUCAAAACUGCAAGCUGAUCUGGAGGGCCAGUACUGAAGAUAGCAUGUCCCAUAUGUAUCUCACUGACCGCAAGGCUCUUGAUAACCCCAUAUACGAAGUGCUUACUAGAACGGUUGCUAUGGCAAGAGCUUCUGGCUUUCUGAGAUUUGCACAAUUCAUUAGCAACCCCCAGUUAAGCUUUUACUAA